AUGAGGAACCACCACCGCUACAAGCAAGCCGAUGAGGAUGACCAGGUUCUGGCGCUUAACAACUACGCCGAAGGUUAUCUCGUGAAACAGGGCGCGCGCGUCAAGAACUGGAAGCGCCGCUACUUCGUCUUCCGUGACGGGUACCUGUCCUACCGCAAGGACCAGCGUGAGACCUCCAAGGUACUAGGCACCGACCUCGUUGUCGACGUGUUCUACUGGUCCGGCGCGGAGUUCGGCUUGGAGCUGAAGCUCAGCAGCGGUCGCUCGAUGUACGUGUCGCCCGCCUCCGAGCAGCAGGCGGGCAUCUGGUACGAGGUUGUUCAGGGCUACGUGAUGCGCCAGCAAAUGGUCCGUCAGCUCCAGCACGUCAACCGUCAGAACCAGAAGCACCUGGAACCGAUUUGGGAGUGCGAUAGCGCCGCCCAACAAAGCGCCGAGCUGGCUCAAUACCGCCUCUUGCGGUGA